AUGGCGGACACACCAGAGACAUUAGAAUUGACCUUAACUGAAAUAAAAAAGCUUAAAGUUGCCGAAUUGAAAUCGCGACUGUCUACUCUUGGACUUCCAACAACAGGACUAAAGGCUGAUCUUGUGGCAAGACUAGCAUCCUUUUUAGAAGCUAAGGCUUUGGAGCAACAGCUGAGAAAUGAUGAAAACUCUGAAGAUGAAUCUAACAUUGACGCAACUUCUGCAGAACAGCAAAAUGUAAUAGUUGUUGAAGAGCCAGUCGCCAUCUGUAAUACCGAUGCGACUUUGGAAUAUUCAGACAAUAUAGUUACCAUGGAUACCAGAGCAGUUGAAGAAAGCCUUGUCAACAACCCAGAAAUUGUGAUGACAGCUUUUGAUCAAGGCAAGCCAAUAAAUGAAAACUUGAAGCUGCUAAUGAAGUUUCACAACAGACUAUAG